AUGUGCAGCGAAUACUAUGACAAGCUUGAGAUAAACAGGAAUGCUACAGACGCAGACGUCAAAAAGGCAUAUCGACGUCUGGCACUCAAGUUUCAUCCGAGCAGCAACAAAGAACCUGACAGUGCUGAGAAAUUUUACCAACUGGGUGAAGCCUAUGACGUUCUGAGUGACCCUCGAAAAAAGGCAACUUAUGACAAAUUUGGAGUGGAAGGCCUGAAAGGUGGAAUUCCUUACGAGUUUGGCAGCGGCGGCGCUUGGUCAUCCAAAUACGUCUACCACGGAAAUCCGGACAAAACCUUCCGGCAGUUUUUUGGCAGCGACAAUCCAUUUGCAGACUUCUACACACAUGACAUCCCACUCCUGUUGGGUGGCCUUCUACCAGAGGAGGUCAAAACACAAGAUCCCCCUAUCGAGAGAGAUCUCCAUUUGUCCCUGGAUGACCUCUUCCACGGCUGCACUAAGAAAAUUAAAAUAUCUCGAAGGGUGAUGAAUGAUGAUGGCUACACGUCAGGUAUUAAGGAUAAGAUUCUCUCUAUUGACGUAAAACCCGGAUGGAAAGAAGGCACAAAGAUUAUUUUCUCUAAAGAGGGAGAUCAGGGCCCCAACAAGAUUCCUGCAGAUAUUGUGUUCAUAGUACGACAGAAGACCCACCCUCAGUUCAAAAGACAAAACAAUGACUUGAUCUUCAAGGCCCAAAUCUCACUAGCAAUGGCCCUGACUGGGUGUUCUGUCAAUGUGGAAACACUAGAUGGCAGGCUACUCAACGUUCCCAUCAAUGACAUUGUGCACUUCACAUACCAAAAAGUGGUGACCGGAGAGGGGAUGCCACUCUGCCAAAAUCCUUCACAGAGAGGAAACCUUAUUCUCAUUUUUGGCAUCCAGUUCCCAGAGAGGCUCUCCCCAGACAGGAAGGAUCUCAUCAAGCAAGCUCUACUUUUUAAAAAUUGA